UUGCCCCGUCAUAGGAAAUUGUCUGCUCCGCAUUUUAGGUUUGUACGACAUUUGACGGGUGAAUUUGACAUACGGAACAACAUUAGACCACUAUUCACGCCUGCUGAUAUGCUAUUAGAAGCAAUUGGUCCGGAGGGAGAUUGCUGAUAAUCUUAACAAUGACGACGUCGGCUUUAUAAAGCAUAGCUCACUAUUUUGCAAAGCAGACAUGGGAGCUGGUUCCUCUCAAGUCAGAGAGGAUGAUAGGCAGGCCAUCAUACCUCAGGGGGACAGGAGAAAGACGUCUACCAGGAGACACUCAGAGGAAACACUGGACUGCCCUACCUGCCAGGGAACUGGCCGAAUCCCCCGAGGUCAGGAAAACCAACUGGUGGCUGUGAUCCCCUGCACAGAUCAGAGGCUGAAACCACGGCGCACGAAGUUGUACGUCACCCUGUCGGUAACAGUUUGCCUGCUGGUCAGCUCGUUGGUCCUCUUCUUCCUGUUUCCCCGCAGUGUCAUCCUCUCGCCUGUGGCUGUCAGUUCUGUCUAUGUAUACUUCACCCCGAACACUGUCCAAAUGAACGUCACGAACGUCCUGAAUAUGAUCAACGACAACUUUUUUACGGUUCAGGCCUACAACUUGACAGUGCAGGCUCUUUUCUACAAAACAGUUGUGGGCACGGUGAACAUAAGUAUUGUCACCACUGUCAAACCACGCACUAACGGAAUGUUUGCUUUUGAGAUUCCUGUCAAGCUAGAUGAUACAGGACUAAUCAAGUACUGCAAGGAUUCAAGCAUCAAGAUCCACAUGUUAUUUGUACAUCUUCAGAUGUCCAUGACUGUCUACUACAUGGCCCACUUUGAGCAGCUUUCCUUGGACACAUUUGAAUACAUAGACUGCGGGGCCAACACCACUACACCUCACCUCAUCAACCAUCCACCCUGAGAGGACAGGCUCCACAAGGGGCGGGACAACAGGGGUGAGGGACCGGCUGAGGAGUAAGCCACAUGUCUCCAGUUAUGUGGAAGAAAGUACAACCAAUGAAGAUGUGGAGCUUAGAAUUACAAUGCCAAUUCCUAAAUGUUCUGUUUUUCUCUAGAUGCUCUGUAGCACUUUUUUUGAUUUGUAAUGUCAUCAUGGCUGUGGAAAUUUCUUGAGUUUGGACAUAAAUGUAAUCAAUAUAUCAUGUCCACCUGCUCUGUUUGCUAAAACAUUAUGCAUUGCUUCAUCCAGUAUUGACAACCAGUCCACAUGGCAGGGGGGGGGUCAGACCUCGGUGUGUUGUCAAUGGAAACGUAGAUUUUGGCAAAGGGAAAAUAAAGAGUUCACAUAAUUGUAAUCAAAACCACAACUUUAUUUACAUUGAGACCCACACUGGUCUCAGACUCAGUUUUUAGCGACAACUGGGUUCAAAUUAUCCUCUUCAUACUAUAUAGUCAAAUUUGACCACCAACAGAAUGCAUGUGUUUGACUCAUUGAUGCCACAUAUGCAGUUUUGAAGCAGCGAAGUUGGGUUUGUGGUUCAGUUUCACUUAAAUAUGAAACCUGAUGAAUCAUGUCAGUUGACCUUGGUAAGGCCGAAAUGCUACAGAUUUUCCUACUUCAGAUAAUUUGAAAUACUCCAACAAGACCCUUAAAUGGAUCCCAUUUGGUGAAAAAUCUGCAUUCAUUACCACUAUAUCUAUGGAAAGCAGCUGGAAUAUCCAAACUGUUUAGUUUCCAGAGAAACCGAAAAAUCUUGAGUAGAUUUAAAAUCUGUAAAAGCAUAUUUUCACACAAUACAAAUUGUCUGUGCACCUUUACAAACAAGUACAAAAAUCUGUGUUUUAUUUUUCUUGCACAUUGAGUAAAUGUAUUUAAUCUAUUCUGAAUGUCUUCUCAACAAAAUUAUUUCCAUAAAAUAGUUUUUUAAAGUUGCACGUUGGGCACGCAUUUAUGUAACAGUGAUUACACAUCAGAAAAUUGUCCUGUGUAUCUUAAUUGGUAAAACAUGAUUUACCAAUACCGCAACUCUUGGGAUGUGGUUUUGAUUGCCAUGGGGGCCAUACGGUUGGAGUAUGAAAAUGUUUGCACUCACCACUGUAAGUUGCCUUGAAUAAGAGUGUCUGCUAAAUGACUAGAAUGUAAAAAACAAAGUCAUGAUUGUGUGUUGAUUGCAUAACUGUGCGGCUAUUUAGAACUUUUUUAUGUAAAGAUGUCACAUGGUAUUUUUUGUGUUCCUACUGACUUUGGAUGGUGCAUUUGAUGUUUGAGUUUGAAUUUGAGUUAAGUUUUCUACUCUAA